UCCAGUGGGGGAAGAUUAGACUCUUCAGAAGUUAAUAGACUAGGGCAGACUCAAGAAGACCAUACAUCAGAAGGGAGGGAAUCUACAAUGGAAGAACACAAGGACAAUCAGCUAAACUAUGAGUCACAGAAAGUGGAAAUCUUAAGACUGGUCCAGUCAAAGAGGAACAUUAACAGUUUGAACAUGGACCUUGAAAGGGAUAUGCAGAGAAUAGAUGAAGCAAAUCAGGAACUUCUUCUCAAAAUCCAAGAGAAAGAAAAUGAAAUUCAGAGGCUGGAAGGUGAGAUUUCUCAGACCAGAGACUUCGCUGAAGACGAGGAAUGGGAAAAGGAGAACUACACCAUGAUGGAGAGGGAAAAUGCCUUGCAGGAGCUGGAAGAAGAAACAACCAGACUUGAUAAGAAGAAUGACACUCUGGUCCACAGUAUAGAAGAACUUCAAAUAAAGCUUACAAGGAAAUCGCAUAAGGCAAUCAAAUGUGAACAAGACAAUCUAAAGGGAACCCCAGAAGAGUCAAAGGCUAAGUUAGAACAGCUGGAAGCUUCCUGUGCAGACCAAGAGAAAGAGCUGACCAAGGUAAUGGAUGACUAUGCAUUUGUGGUCCAGCUCUGUGAAGAUCAGGCCCUCUGCAUAAAGAAGUACCAGGAAACUUUGAGGAAAAUAGAAGAAGAACUAGAGACUCGAUUCCUUGAGAGAGAAGUAUCAAAAGUUUUGAGCAUGAAUUCUGCAAGAAAAGAGGAUAACCGCAAAAAUAAUAAGCAUGAUUCUCUCCAAAACAAGGGAACAUGGUUCUGUAAAAGGUUUUUUCAAUAUGUCUUUUUCACCACCCUAUUUUUCAUCAGACUGCUGGGCUACUUGUUUUUCCACCUAAGUUUUAUAAAUCCAGAUCUCCUUAUCAACACACUGCCCGAGAUACUGAGCAGGGACAUCCUAUGGAAGCUAAGAUGCUUCCUCUUUCCAUCUCUCACACUUGAGACAGAGGACAUGUUACCCCAUUGAUAUGCAAGAAAUAACCUUGAGCAAAAGAAGGCAAGUGGUGUCUGAGUCUGUAGAGUAACAGAUGGCAGAAUUUGCAUAGAGAAAAAGUUUUCUUCAGUUAUUCCCUUCAGGUCUGUCUACUUGAUUAUCUUCCAUCUCCAUGUUGUCUUUUAAAGUUUGAUCCUGCCCAGUAGAAAGCUCUGUCAAUACAUUGCAAGGACUACAGGCUAAGCUAAAUAGCACCAGAUAGUAAACAAAACUAGAUAGUAAACAAACUAGACUAUCUGGGGAACAAUGUCAUAGAUGCUAAGCGAAGUUAGAACUGACCAAUUCUUCUAGAAAAUCUUCAAAAUAUGAGACACUGAUCCCUGCAAUGCAGAAGGUCGCUCACUCCUUAUAUUAGAACUCUUUAGUUAUAAGUGACCUUAACUUAAGCUAAUUUAUAAAUUUAUAGCAAUAAAGGGGGGCAGGAGUGUAUUGCCUCAUGGAACUAAAAAUCUGGGGUUUCCAACAUGGCUGAGUACAGGAGUCUCAAAGCAGUGUCACUGGGGUUUCCUCACUCUCUCUCUCUCUUUAAAUUGGCAUUCUCCUUUUAAUGGCAAGAUACUGCCAACAGCCUAAGUCCCUUAGUACAAGAUUAGCAGCCCUAGUAGAAUGAAACCAUCCUUUCCAACAGCUACAGCAGGAAACUUCAGAGAAACUGACUUAGUUGGGUCAAUACCCACCCUGCCCCAAACCCAGUGCGGCGUAAGGAAUGGGAGUGCUCUGAUUGGUCAAGCAUGAGUCUUUGAAUCACAUUUCCAACCUCUUAUAAGGAGGUUAGGGGUAAAAGAGAUAAGGCAGUUAACUCCACCUAAGCUCAGUGGAAUAUUCCUAAGAAAAAGGAGCUCAGUUCCCCCAAAAAAGGGAGAAGGAUAUGGAGCAAGCAAAAACAGAUGCCCACUUAAUCACUAACAUCCAACUUUAUCAAUUAAACAAAUUCUUAAAGUUA